ACUGUCUUAAGAGCAUUGAGCUCCAGGUUGUUGCAAUGGCACCAGGACGCCAGCUGUGUCACCACCUGUCUGUAAGCAGAUUCCUCCCCAUCCUGGAUCAGUCCAAUCAGGGUUGUGUCAUCUGCAAACUUUGGAAGCUUGACAGAGGAGUCUGUGGAGGUGCAGUCAUUGGUGUAGAGAGAGUAAAGGAGAGGGGAGAGUACGCAGCCUUGCGGCGCUCCUAUGCUGAGGGUCUGCGGAUCUGAGACGAGCUUUCCUAGCCUCACAUGCCUGUCUGUCAGGAAGUUGGUGAUCUACUGACAGAGGGGUUCAGGCACUAUCAAUUGGGAGAGUUUGGAGUGUAGUAGCUCUGGCACAAUGCUGUUGAAUGCAGAGCUCAAAUCCACAAACAAAAUCCUUGCAUGGGGUCCCCUGGUGGUCUAGGUGCUGGAGGAUGAAGAGCAGGCCUCGGUUGACGGCAUCAUCCACUGAUCUAUUUGCCCCUAUGCAAACUGCAGGGGGUCCAGCAGGGGAUUUGUGAUAUUUUUCAGGUGGGCCAGCACAAGUUUUUCAAGGGUCUUCAUGACUACAGAUGGUCAGUGCGACAGCUUCUGUAAAAAAUGUCAGUUGUCUCUAAUGUUAGGAUAGUGCUCGCAUGCGGGUAGAUAGCUGGUCUGCGCGGACUGGGUGGGCUGAAGGGCCUGUUUCCGCGCUGUUAUCUGUAAAGUAAAAUUAUGCCCGCCUGCAUGAGACUUUCCUUGGCCGCCUGCUGCCGGUGAACCAAGCAAUUAGCAGAAGACACAGGGCGCAUGUGCACUUUCACUUUCACUUUUCCCCGGACUUGCCCUUGGCUCUGGCAAGGAAGCGGAGUGAAACUGACCGACUGACACUUAUUUGUUGCCGGCGCCGCCGCCGCCGCCGCGGCUCGUACAUCCCGUGGGCUGUGAAAUUAACACGUGAAACUGACCGAGUGAUACUUUGCUGCCACCGCCGCUCAGUCUGAUACAUCCCUCGCUGUGAAACUGCCCGGUUGAUACAUUGUUGCCGUCGUCCAAACUGAUACAUCCGCGGCACGUGAAGCUGCCACUUUGUAUCCAAGUGCCUGUGUUCGAGCAGCGACAUGAGUAGAUACAGCAAACAAGAAGUUUAUCAAAACUUUCUGGACUUUUAUCAGAAAGCGCUGGCCUCGGGCAACCUAUCUCCCUGCACCGGAGAGGAGCAGGUGCUCCAGGGCAGACUCUUCCUCAAUUCUGUGACCGGCACGGGACACCGCUUCCAGUUCCUGGACUUCUACCGCCUGGCCUUGGAUUUGAUUGAAUCCAAGGACAGUCAAGACUUGGAGGAAGAUGGUUUUCGAGGUCUGAGCAAAGCCUUCGAAUUGCUGGAGAUGUUGGCCGUCAAUUUGUACAUGUGGCCCUGGCGGAAGGAGAUCAAGUCGAUCAAGACUUUCACUGGAGCCUUUGUGUACUUCAUCCAACCGGUGUUCCCUCCUGGAGUUCUGCGGGAGAUUUUGGAGAAGUUGGGCUACGUUCAGAAAGGAGGCAGCGAGUUUGUGAUGGCGGGGGAGGUGAACGAGGAGGCGGUUAGACAGCUCGGCUUUGAAUUCUUCUUGGCCAGGGCAGAGUGCGAGGUGAUGCAGGAGAUGCUGGGACAGGCACCUGCUCGGAGGCUCCAGGACAUCGUCCAGCUGAGGUGCGGGGAGUCAGUGAGGCAGGACGACGGUGGGAAGCGACUCGGCUGUGGCUCCGCAGGGGCCGGCGAAGGGGCCGGAUCGGGGAACGAGGGGGCCUCACAGUCCGAUGAGUUCCCCACCCCGCUCCACUUCCCUGACCAUCCCUUGCCCCUGGCAGAGACCAAUGCAGGUGGGAUCUUUGAGCUAGAGGCACGGGGUCCAAAGAACGACCCAUUAACAUCGUUGCUGCCAGACAGCAUUGACCUGUACAGCGAUACCGUCGUGGGAGGAGAUCGGAGAUAUCUGCCAGACAUGGCGGCUUGUUUGAGUCCCGGUGAGUUGGGGCAGUGCAAUUCCCUUCUGGUUCUGGAUAAAUCGCUGGUGGACAAUGCCCGGGCGGAAACACUGGGGAAACUCUCACCUCGACUGAAUCUCUACUCCAGUUCAAUCCUCCUCGACAACUGUCUGGAUGGUCGGCCUUCCAAUUUGAGUGCGGGCAACAUUCCCGAUGGGAGGCCUCUGAGGAAGACGGACAACGACGCCAUGGACCAGAAACCAGCAAUCAAACAGGAAUACCCCGAUGAGAAGAGGUCAGGGAAAAGCCCUCAGAACAAGUCGUCUCCGAAGUGCAGUGGGUUCACGAGUGGGACGGGCAACAGUCAGAAGAGGGAAUGUGUUUCGGCUGUGGAGAUACAGUUGAAGAACAUGGAGUUGGAGAUGCUGUCCUAUCCCACAGCGGAGACCGUUGGGCCGGCGAUGCCACGUCCGAUGGGUGACUUUGCAUCCUCAGAGUCACAGGGCCCAGGGCGGAGUCCACGGGAUCCCCCAGGGGCCAGAGUGCUUUGGUUGAACCAGCGGCCCCAAGACCUCCAGACCUGCCAGCGCCCUGGUGUGGCCGAGUGCUGCUUGUGUUCCCCCGUGGAGAUAGUCACCGGGCAGCCGCUGAUGGAUGGCCCCGAGUUCGGGCGCAGCUCGGCUCAGGAGAGCGGGGGCAGCGUUGUCCGUGAACCGCCGCAGUCCUUCUACAUCCCACCCGGCAGCCUGGAGAGCCGGUCGCUCCUCGCCCCUUCCCAAGACCCCCGGACCCCCCGCCCCUGCCCCGACUGCCUCCGGGAACACCUUCACGAGCAGGAGCUGGUGAUCGGAGGCAGCGGUGAUCCCUACAUCUACGUGAGUAAGCUGGCGGGGCAGGGCACGGACGGCGAGGGCUGGUCCACCAGGUGCAACCACUACGAGGAGGACGUGUAGACAACGCCCUUCCAUCGGGAACUCUCUCCAUGACGGAGCCAGUCUAUGUUCUCAGGAGGCGUCAGCUCAGCUAAUCCUGCCCGGCUUCUUCCUACUUCCCGCACCAAGGGCCAGGGAGCAUCAAAUCAACCAGGGCUUCCAAUCCUGCUCCCCAGCAGUCAACGCUCUAUCAGCGAUGCUUGCCAGCGAAGAUUAGUUAACCUGCUGCCAGAUAGUGCUCAGGUGGCUGAAGGUUCGAAUGAAAGUCGGUGGAGCAAGUGAAGCAUCUCCACAACAACCUGCGGGGUUGCGUGAAGCCAAUCACUGCCAAAUAACCAGUGUGCCUCCAACCUUAAACCCAAUCACCCAACUCUCCUCGCCACCCGCCCCUACUGCCUUUACCUGUAUCCACAUUUCGUUCCCAGGAGGUAAAUGCAGAUGUUGGUUUACACCAAAGAUAGACACAAAGUGCUGGAGUAACUCAGUGGGUCAGGCAGCAUCUCUGGAAAAAAUGACGUUUUGCGUCGGAACCCUUCCACACACACACAGAGCCUGAAGAAUGAUUCCGACCUGAAUCGAUCGAUGCUCCGUGUGGACUUGAUGGGCCGAAGGGCUUGUUUCCGUGCCGUAUCCCCAAACUACACAAAAGAAGGUGUAGAUAGAGGUAGUUAAGAGGCUUUUAGAUAAGCGCAUGGAUAUGCAGGGGGCUGGAGGGAUGUGGGUCACGUACAGGCAGAGAAGAGUUGCUCUUGGCAUCAUGCUCAGCACUGACAUUGGGCCGAAUGGCCUGGUCCCGUGCCUUACGUGUAACUCCAUGGAUCAGGCAGCAUCUCCAGCCGACCUGCUGAGUUUCCCCAGCACUCUGUGUUUUGUUUCAGUGAAGAGAUGGUUUGUGUCAGCACGCGAGGUGGAUGGACACGUAUGUAUUGGGUGCACAUGUAUGUGUGUGUGUGUGUGUGACAUGGUGAGCAUACAAACCAACCUGGGACGGACUCAACUCUGCUGCAAUGCUCUGUACCUUGUUAAUGCUACUUUGAUCAAAGAAUAAAAUAUCAGGUGAACCU